AUAAUAACGAUGAUGGAACAGUCGCCCAGGAACUGGAAUUAGAGCAUAUGAGGAGUAUAUUGGAAGAGGCGAUUGUGGAAACGCGCAGUACGCCUCUCGAAAAUCGACCGCGACUUCCCCGCAUAGCCCUAAGCAAGCGGAAUCGGGCUGUCGUGAGGGCUCUGAACCCAAUGCUGGUUACCUAUUUGAAAGCCAGCCGGGACCUUUGCGAGACGGACUCAAUUCUUUUUGGCGCCGCGCUGGCAGUCUGCCGUAUCAUAGGCGCCAAGGUUUCCACGGCUGGACGCGCUACUGGCCAUAGUAGCGCUAUCCCAGCAUGGAGAAGAAGAAUUGAGGAACGUAUCGCAAAGGCUAGAGCUCUCAUCGGCAGACUGAUAUGCUUCAGAUCAGGCAACAACAGGCCAAGAAUUGUGCGCACCGUCAGGAUGGCGUUUGCUGGGACAAAUGUCAGUUUGUCCCAGCCGGAUAUAACGCAAAAACUGACGGAGCGCAUAGAUGAUCUGAAGCAGAGAAUCGCUGCUUGGGGAAAGCGGAUUCGGCGAUAUACCGAGAGGUCGACACGGUUCAACCAGAAUCGUCUCUUCCAGAGUGAUCAGAAGAGGCUCUAUGAAUCAUUGGAGCGACCAAUGGUAAGUGGAACGGGUCCAGCACCGAAUCAGGCCGACACUGUAGCAUUCUGGCGCGGCCUGUGGUCAGAGCCCGUAAACCACAGCGAGGGCCCUUGGACGGAAGUUGUGGCGAGUCAGUGUGCGGGUAUUACGCCCAUGGACCCCGUCAUCAUAACGCCGGAUGACGUAGCUGAGGCGGUUCGUAGGGCCCCGAACUGGAAAAGUCCGGGGCUUGACGGGCUGCAUCACUACUGGCUGAAGGGGUUCAUGGUAAUCUCAACAGAUUCAGUAGCUGAUAAAGAUUAUGAGCCACCAAAAAACCACAAAACGUACAUUAUUGCCGCUCAAUGCUCAAAACAAUCAGUGGUUAAAAACUUAAAUAUGAGGGGUCAUAAUGAAAACUACGAACGACGUGAAGCCAAUAUUUUAUUGGAUGAUUCUGGCUCCGAAUCAGACGUCAUUCCAUGUUCUCAACCGUGUUUGGAAAAAACGAUUUCAGAAUCUUCAGAUGAAUCUACAAAAGAUGAACUUACAAAAAAGGGACAUUAA